AUGAGGAUUGCGACGCUGCAAUUCGCCCCAAAGCUGGGUGAUGUCGAGGGGAACAUCCAGAGGGCGAAUGCACUAUUGAAAAAGGGCAAGCACACCUCGCUCGCCGGGCAGGAUAUUGGGAUCGGCAUUGGAAUCGAUAUUUUGCGUCCUGAUAUUUUGGUAUUGCCGGAGCUGGCAUUGACGGGAUACAAUUUUCCCUCGCUGGAUGCCAUUAGGCCAUAUCUCGAGGCCGCUGGCACAGGUCCCAGCGCGUCCUGGGCGCGUGAAACAGCCAAGCGCCUGCGAUGCAAGGUCUGCGUGGGCUACCCGGAGAUCGAGCACGCACAUGGAACAGAGCCAUCUAGGUGCUACAACUCUCUCCUCGUGGUUGACGAGACCGGUGCGGUCAUCCAUAACUACCGCAAGAGCUUCCUGUACUUCACCGACGAGACAUGGGCCGCUGAAGGCAGCGUGGAACAGGGAUUCCUCAAGCUGCUAUUUCCGCGGGCAGCGCCCAAGGCAGAUCUCACGGGCGAGAGAGGCCGCGAAACAGAAGCAGACCUAGACCCCGAAACCGAAACACACCCGGCCAGACAAGUGCCCACUUCGUUGGGCAUCUGCAUGGACAUUAACCCCUACAAGUUUGAAGCACCCUACACAGCCUACGAGUUCGCCAACCGCGCGCUGGACUCGCAAUCCCAGCUGGUCAUCUUAUCGAUGGCCUGGCUGACGAUGCUGAGCCGCGACGAUAUCGCCGCGCUGGACGGGAACCCCGAUAUGGAUACGUUCACCUAUUGGCUGAAUCGGUUCAUGCCGUUCCUGGAAAAGAAAAUGCUGCAUUCGGGGGACCUCGACGACGUCAGCGGCAACGGCAACCCUGCGGGCGCUGGUGCAGACGGCCAUGGCGCCAACGCCCGCGCGAUCAGGAGGACUGUGAUUGUUCUCGCCAAUCGCGCCGGGGAGGAGCCUCCGGCAGAUGAUACCAAGCCACCGGCGCGGUAUGCGGGGACGAGCGCCGUCAUUGCCGUGACGCAGCGGCCUCGCCGCGGUGGGUCCGGGUCACGGGUCGGGGGUGAGGAGGAAGGUGAGGGCGCCUUUGAGGCGAAGAUCGCCUGCUGGGACUUGCUGGGGGCGGGGGAGGAAGGCAUUUGUUUCGCGGAUACCACAGCCGAUCCGAAAAUGGUGUUUGGGUUGCAGAGGAAGGGGAAAGGGAGUUCUGACUCGAGCUCGGAGGGAUCGGGAGGCGACUGA